GGCCCACGUGGUCGGGAGCAUGGCGGAGACGGAGAGCCGCGCGGCCGCGGAGCCUGGGAGCCCCGGGGGGGCGGCCGACAGCGGCGCCCGGCCCGCCGAUCGUGAGGGCCUGCUGAAGCAGAGCCGCGAGUUCUUGGACUUCUUCUGGGACAUCGCGAAGCCGGAGCAGGAGACGCGGCUGGCGGCCACGGAGAACCUGCUGGAGUAUCUGCGCGCGAGGCCACAGGGGUCCGAGAUGAAGUACGCCCUGAAGCGCCUCGUCACCGGGCUCGGGGCCGGCCGGGAGACUGCCCGGCCCUGCUACAGUGUGGCCCUGGCACAGCUGUUACAGUCUUUUGAAGACAUUCCCUUGUGCAGCGUCUUGCAGCAGAUCCAGGAGAAGCAUGACCUGCAGAAAGCGAAGAAGGCCAUGAUGAGACCUGCUCUUUUUGCAAACCUGUUUGGGGUGCUCGCCCUCUUUCAAUCAGGCAGGCUAGUGAAGGACUCAGAGGCCCUGAUGAAGGCGGUAAAGCUGCUGCAGAUCCUCGCCCAGCACCACAACCACUUGCAGGAACAGCCUCAGAAGGCCCUGGUGGACAUACUGUCUGAGGUCCCGGAAGCCGUGUUGCAGGAGAUCCUGCCAAAAGUCCUCAAGGCGGACUUAAAUUCGGUGCUGGGCUCCCCUGAGCACCUGGAGCUCUUCCUCUUGGCCCAGCAGAAGGUGCCUGAGAAGCUGAAGGAGCUGAUAGGACCCGUCAACCUGUUCUCAGAUGAGAACAUCCCCAGACUGGUGAACGUCCUGAAGACGGCAGCUGCCUCUGUGAAGAAAGAACGCAAGCUGCCCACUGUGGCCCUGGACCUGCUCCGCCUGGCGCUUCAGGAGGGCAGGUUCCCAUGGUUCUGGAAGGAAGUUGUGGAGCAGGGGCUGCUGAAGAAGCAGUUCUGGCCAGCCAGCUACCUAUGUUUCCGCCUGCUGGGCACUGCCCUGCCCCUGCUGUCCAAGGAGCAGCUGCCGCUGGUGAUGCAGGGGGACCUGAUCCGGCAUUUUGGGGAGCACAUGGUCACUGCUAAGCUCCCAAACCAGUUCAAGUUUGCUCCGGAGAUGAACGAGUACUUGAGUGCCUUCCUGGAAAGCUGCCGGGAUGACCCCGAGCGGCAGCUGGCUGUGGUGGUGGCCUUCACGUGCGUCACCAACCAGGGCCUCCCUGUCCUGCCUACGUUCUGGAGGGUUGUGCGAUCCCUGAGUGCCCCUGCUCUCAAGGGCUACGUGGCCUGGCUGCGGGACAUGUUUCUCCGGCCUGACCUGGACUCCCUGGUGGACUUCAGCACCAGCGGCCAGAAGAAAGCUCAGGAUGCCUCGCUGCACGUGCCUGAGCGUGCUGUGCUGCGGCUGCGGAAGUGGGUCAUCCUUCGCCUGGUCAGCAUGGUGGACGCUUUGCAUGCAGAGAAGGAGGAGGAUGUGAUUGAGGAGGUGGCCAGGUUUUGUUUCUUCCACUCGUUCUUCGAAACAAAGAAGCCUACAUCCCAGAUUCCAGAGACCGAACAGCGGUUCUCCUUCCCUCUGGAGAGCCGGACCCGGGAGGUGGUCAGCAGUGCCUUCUUCAGCCUGCUGCAGACCCUCAGCACGCAGUUCAGGCAGGCGCCAGAGCCCACCCAGGACCGGCCACCCUGGACCCACCGCUUGGUACAAUUCGCGGACUCGCUAUUGAACCGCAGCCGCAAUGUGACUCCCCUGACACCCUUCAGCUCACAGCAGCGCCAGGCUUGGGACCGGAUGCUGCAGACGCUGAAGGAGCUGGACGCCUGCCCCCCAGAGGCCAAGGCCAAGGCCAGUGCUUUCCAGCACCUGCUCUUCCUGGUGGGCGUCUACUUGUUCAAGUCCCCUGUGGAGAGCUGCGAUCUUCUGGGUGACAUCCAGACCUGCAUCAAGAAAAGCCUAGGGGAGAAGACGCGCCGGACUCGCUCCAAGGCUGCCAACCCCCAGGAGCCGCCGUGGGUGGAGGUGCUGGUGGAGAUCCUGCUGGCCCUCCUGGCCCAGCCCAGCCACCUGAUGCGCCAGGUGGCCCGGACCGUGUUCAGCCACAUCUGCUCACACCUGACGCCACGUGCUCUGCAGCUGAUCUUGGAUGUGCUGAACCCUGAGCAGAGCCCAGAGGAGGACAGCGUGGUGGUCACGGACGAUUCUGAGAAGCAGCUGGAGAGCGAGGGGGACAAGAGCUCGGAGAGUGAGGACGACAAACACUCAGCCAGCGAGGAGGACAGCGAUGAGGAAGACAGUGAUGAGGAGGACCGGGACGGGGAUGUGGACCAGGGCUUCCGGGAGCAGCUCAUGGCAGUGCUACAGGCGGGGAAGGCCCUGGGCACAGUGGACGGUGAGGAUGACGAUGACGACGAGCUGGGGGAUGAGGCCAUGAUGGCCCUGGACCAGAGCCUUGCCAGCCUCUUCGCCGAGCAGAAGCUGCGCAUCCAGGCCCGGAGGGAUGAGAAGAACAAGCUGCGGAAGGAGAAGGUGCUCCGGCGAGACUUCCAGAUCCGGGCUUUGGACCUGAUCGAGGUGCUGGUGACCAAGCAGCCCGAGAACCCACUGGUCCUGGAGCUGCUGGAGCCCCUGCUGGACAUCAUCCGGCGUAGUAUGCGCAGCAGCAGCUCCAAGCAGGAGCAGGACCUCUUGCACAAGACCGCCCGCAUCUUCACACACCACCUGUGCCGCUCCCGGCACUACUGCCACGAUGUGGGCCGCUGCGUGGGGCCUCUGUACGCCCAGGUGGAGCGGCUGGUGGAGCAGGCUGGCCGCCAGGCCGAUACUACCAUUUCUCUCUACUACUUCAAUGCGGCCCUCUACCUGCUGCGCGUCCUCAAGGGUAAUGCCACCGACCCCGCCUGCAAGACCCAGAAAAAGGAGAAAGCCGGCCCCAAGCCCAGGGCCCCGGAGGCUACUGGCGGCUUGGAUCUAAGCCUUGUGACCCCAGUCUACUCGUCUGCACUGACUUCUUUCCUGACCAAGCGCAACAGUCCGCUCACAAUCCCCAUGUUUCUCAGCCUCUUCUCUCGGCACCCGGUGCUCUGUAAGAGCCUGCUCCCUGUCGUGAUCCAGCAUGUGAGCGGCCCGGCGCGACCCCGCCACCAGGCCCAAGCCUGCGUGCUGCUCCAGAAGGCCUUGCCUACACGGGAGCUGCGGCUGUGCUUUGAGGACCCCGAGUGGGAGCAGCUUGUUGGCCAGAUCUUGGCCAAGGUCACAGAGAACCUGCGGACGCUGGGCGAGGCGCAGGCCAAAUCGGAGCAGCAGAAGGAGCUGUCCUCCCUGGGGCUGCUCAACACCCUGUUCAGGACAGUCCAUCAGGAGAAGCUGACCGUGGACCUGACCGCUGUGCUGGCCGUACUGCAGGGCAGGCAGCUGGGGGAGCACUCGGCGGGCUCCAGCCGCCUCCACGAUCUCUAUUGGCAGGCCAUGAAGGCGCUUGGCGUGCAGCGCCCCAAAUCGGGGAAGAAGGAUGCCAAGGAAGCCCCCAGUGCUGCGGAGACCCCUGUCAGCACCAAGAGGAAGAAGAAGGGGUUUUUGCCAGAGACCAAGAAGCGCAAGAAGCGUAAGUCAGAGGGUGCAGUGCCAGAGGAGGAUGCCAAGCCCGCAGCCUCCGCCGGAGACCAGCCCCCUAGCACAGGCAAGAAGAGGAGACACAAGAGGAAGGCCCGGGCGCCAGCCCAGGCCCCGGAGAAUGGGACGCCUGCCCCCAAGGGGCCAGCCCCAGACCCCAGCACCACAAGCCCUGGCACCCUUGCCAAGACCCCGAAGCCACAGAAGAAAAAGCGGAAGCUGUCCCAGGUGAAUGGAGCCACCCCUGUGUCCCCUGUGCCAUCAUCGGGCAAAAAGCCUCAGAAGGAUGUGCCUGAGAAGGGGGUGUCUGGCAAGUCACCGCAAUCUGCCCUGCCACGGAAGAAGGCCAGGCUGUCUCUGGCCAGCAGGAGCCCCAGCCUCCUCCAGGGCACGGCCAAGAGAAAGAAGGCUCUCAGGAAGGCCAGGAAGCCCUGAACCUAGGCGGCCCCUGGCCCAGAGACCCCCGUGUGCAGCACGCAUCCUGCACAGGCCCCCUGCAGGGUAGCAGCGCCCAGCCCUGGAGCGAGUGCACCCGCCAUCCACUUGCCCCCAGGACUCCAGGAAGGGGCAAGGGCCCAUGUCCCCCACCCCUGGGCUGCUCUGUCCCGGGAGGCAGCACUCCGCGAUUUAAGUAGGUUUAUUCCUUCGUUUACAAGAGGAAUAUAUUUGGCUUCUCUCUUAAGAUUCUGAGAUUCACAAUCAGCAGCUCUAAAAAAUAAAGGAGCAGUUUGGCUUCCGGAAGGAAGAGGAGACAACA